AGAAUAAUACAUCAUCGUCCAACACAAUGUCCGCCGUCUCGUACAACCACCUGACCGACAAGGAAAUCCACGAAGAGCUGCUUCGCUACGGCGAGGAUAUGGUCGUCGGUGCCAGCACUCGCAAGUUGGCUGUGAGCAAGCUUCAGAAGCUCCAGGCUGCCGGCGCGUCGUCGCCUGCUCGCUCCAAGUCGCCCUCGCGAUCCAAGUCGCCCUCGCGCACUGCGGCGCCAAAGUCGCCUGCUCGCGCCAAGUCCCCCUCGCGCUCCCGAUCGCCUUCGCGCGCCGCUGCUGCUGCCGAGGAGAGCCCCAAGCGUUCUACCGCUGCCACUCGCGUUGGUCGCGCACUCGCUGCUGAGGCCGACGAGAUCGCUGCCGUCCCCACCCCCACCAGGAAGAGCCGCACCUCCGCCUCGCCUAGCCGAUCGCCUGCUCGCGUGUCCAAGACCGCGGCUGGCCGUGCCAAGCAGUCCGAGGAGUUUGAAGAGGAGGUUAUCGUUGAAAAGAUCAAGCCAAUCAGCCCUGCCAAGUCCCGUGGCACGAAGACCGCCGCGGUCGACAACGCCUCGAACAACGCAGCCCAGAUUGGCUACACUCUUCUUGCCGUGUUUGCCUUUGUCUUGCUGCUGUUCGUCGUCUUCCACUUUGACGGCUUGCAGUGCCUCCGGCAAUGGGUUGAGUCCUUCAAGGCCUCUGGCGCCAUGGCCAUCGAGAAUGCUUCCACCAAGCAGUAACGAUGAACACCAAAACUAGAAAGAACGAAAAAAAAAAAAAACUCAAGAUUUCGUAAAUCGAACAAACAAAAACGAGCAAACAACCAAAAGGAGGACAAAACAUGGUCUCUUUCGAGUUGUUUGAGUUUGUCAAGGUUAACACUGCAGUUGAUUCGUGAAUAUGUAUGUGCGCUGUCGUGUCUCGAGCUGUGUGAUAAGUGGGUAGAUUGUGUGUUUUUUGUGCUGUCGUUUGAGUGAGUUGCCUGUUGUGAUGAUGAAGUAUUGGCGAAAGUUUGAUGAUUUUUCAGUACAGUACAUUGCGCUUUUUUUUUUCAACUUGUUCGAUUUUGACUGUAGGUGAAACCUUGCGGAAAAUGAAAAAGUAAAAACC